CUCAACUUUCCUCGCUUUCGCUUUUUCUCUUUCUUUAUUUCAAGUUUUUUUUUGCCUAGAAAGCAGUUCUAUACUGAUAUCGCCAGCCAUGGCAAGCCCCACGACCGGCUAUUCCAUAAACGUCAAUGACCCCAGCUUGAUUUCACUCGUCAACAAGUUGCAAGAUGUUUUCUCCACAGUUGGAGUCCACAACCCGAUCGAUUUGCCCCAGAUUGUCGUCGUCGGAUCGCAGUCCAGCGGAAAGAGUUCGGUGCUAGAGAAUAUCGUCGGCCGGGAUUUCCUGCCUCGUGGCUCGGGAAUCGUUACUCGGAGACCUCUCAUCCUGCAACUCAUCAACAAGACCCCCAGCGCUCCCAGUGCUCAUCCAAAUGGCGACAAAAAGUUGGAGACAACGGACUCCGAGUCCAACGUGGACGAAUAUGGUGAAUUCCUGCACAUCCAGGGCCAGAAGUUCUACGAUUUCAACAAGAUUCGAGAGGAGAUCGUACGCGAAACGGAAACCAAGGUCGGCAAGAACGCCGGUAUUUCGCCCGCUCCCAUCAACCUGCGCAUCUACUCCCCCAAUGUCCUCACCCUGACCCUCGUCGAUCUGCCCGGUUUGACCAAGGUGCCUGUUGGAGACCAGCCGAAGGAUAUUGAGCGCCAGAUCCGUGAGAUGGUACUCAAGUACAUCAGCAAGCCCAACGCAAUCAUUUUGGCUGUUACUUCGGCCAACCAGGAUCUUGCCAACUCCGAUGGUCUCAAGCUAGCGCGUGAGGUGGAUCCGGAGGGUCAACGCACUAUCGGUGUGUUGAGUAAGGUCGAUCUGAUGGACGAGGGAACUGAUGUGGUGGAUAUUCUCGCUGGACGAAUUAUCCCCUUGCGCUUGGGUUACGUUCCUGUGGUCAACCGUGGCCAGCGUGACAUUGAGAACAAGAAGCUCAUCGCUGCUGCUCUGGAGAAUGAGAAGAACUUCUUCGAGAACCACAAGGCUUACCGGAAUAAGGCUUCUUACUGCGGUACGCCAUACUUGGCACGCAAGCUCAACCUGAUUCUUAUGAUGCACAUCAAACAAACCUUGCCCGAUAUCAAGGCCCGCAUUUCCUCCUCCCUCCAGAAGUAUACAUCGGAGCUUGCGCAACUCGGUGACUCCAUGCUCGGCAACAGUGCCAACAUUAUUCUGAACAUCAUUACGGAAUUCAGCAACGAGUACCGCACAGUCUUGGAGGGUAACAACACGGAAUUGUCCAGUAUUGAGCUGUCAGGUGGUGCGCGUAUCAGUUUCGUGUUCCACGAGCUUUACUCCAACGGUAUCAAGGCCGUUGAUCCCUUCGACAUGGUCAAGGACAUUGACAUCCGCACCAUCCUUUACAACUCUUCUGGUUCCUCCCCGGCACUGUUUGUCGGAACCACCGCCUUCGAGCUGAUUGUCAAGCAGCAGAUCAAGCGUCUGGAAGAGCCCAGCUUGAAGUGUAUCUCCCUGGUCUUUGACGAGCUUGUCCGAAUCUUGAGUCAGCUCCUGACCAAGCAGCUGUUCCGCCGCUACCCCAUGCUGAAGGAGAAGUUCCACGCUGUGGUCAUCGCCUUCUUCAAGAAGUGCAUGGAGCCCACCAACAAGCUGGUCAAGGACUUGAUCAACAUGGAGGCCACCUACGUGAACACUGGCCACCCUGACUUCCUAAAUGGUCACCGCGCCAUGACUCUCGUCAACGAGCGCCAGCAAGCUUCCAAGCCUACCCAGGUCGACCCCAAGACUGGCAAGCCUCUGCCGGGCCGUGCUCAGAGUCCCUCCCUUGAUACUACCGGUGAAGCCCAAAACGGCAGUGGCUUCUUCGGCAGCUUCUGGGCCUCCAAGAACAAGAAGAAGAUGGCCCUGAUGGAGGCUCCUCCCCCAACUCUCAAGGCUUCUGCCAGCUUGUCUGAGCGUGAAGCCACCGAGGUUGAGGUUAUCAAGCUGCUCAUCACCUCCUACUUCAACAUUGUCAAGCGCACCAUGAUUGACAUGGUUCCCAAGGCUGUCAUGUAUACCCUGGUCCAAUUCACCAAAGACGAAAUGCAACGCGAACUCCUGGAGAACAUGUACCGCAACAACGAGCUGGACGAGCUACUCAAGGAAAGCGACUACACAGUCCGCCGACGAAAGGAAUGCCAACAAAUGGUGGAGAGCCUGGGCCGCGCCAGCGAGAUCGUCAGCCAAGUCCAGUAAAGAGUGGCCCAUACCAGGGAAAAACGAAAUCAUUUUAUUCCAUUCCAUGUUUAUCGGCCGACUGUAUGAUUGAGCUAUCGCGUUGGCGGAGUUGGGCUGCCUGUGGAUUUUAUGACGUGAAUAUCUCGAACUAUACUCGUACCUUGCUCUUCUUGUCUGCCUUUGCCCCAGAAUAACAACGUGUGUUGUUGGCCUAGGCUUCAGAUCCCUCUCGGUGCUCGGUGAUUCGACUCAAGACCGGGUUGUAUCUGGCUAAGACUGGGGAGGUUGGUUUGUUGCUUUGUUUUUCCUAUGUGCUCGCUUUUCAAUUUUUCUUCGCUUUUUGCCCCCAAUUUGAGAGCUCUAUACCGUUUUCCUUUCUCAUUUGGUCAUUGUCUGUGUUCGACUUUCGUGGAUUUUCAGAUGACGACUGUAUCAAUUAAUGAUUGUCUCUGCUUUAUGACUUAGCUUUAGAAUUCAGACUUUCCUUUCUAC